ACCUACCCUCCCACCCACCUACCCACCCACCCAUCAUCACACCCCGUGUGUGUGUGGGGGGGAGGGUGGAUAAACUCGUCUCCCCGCGAGUCCAGCCGUCCUCAUGGAUCUCAUCCUGGCGCUUGUCAUUGCCCACGCUUCGGCUCUAGAAGAGACCCUUCUGGACAGCACUCAGGAACUCUCCGAACUAGGAUGGAUCACAGACCCAGACACUGGGUGGGAGGAGGUGAGCGGCUACGAUGAGCACCUCAACAUGGUGCGCACCUACCAGGUCUGCAACGUCUUCGCCGGUCCACCCACCGGGCCGCCGGCUUCCCCUCCCGGCACGGGCUCCUCCUCGCCAUCUCCCCCGCCGGGCUCGGGCAAACACCGGCCGGCGGCGGUGGCGGCGGCCCGCGGCGGUGGCGGAGAAGCCGGAGGCGGGGACGGCGUGGCCCGUGAGGCACCAGCACCGGCGGAGGAGGCGGCGGAGGCGGCGGAGGCGGCGGAGGCGGCGGAGGCGGCGGCGCAGGAGAACUGGCUGGUGACGCCGGUGAUCCGCCGCAGGGGCGCCCGCCGGGUGCUCGUGGACGUGCGCUUCACGGUGCGCGACUGCGCCACCAUCCCCGGCGCCGGCUCCGGCUGCCAGGAGGCGCUUGCCGUGUUCGUCCGGGAGGAGGAGGAGGAGGAG